CAUAUUUCUUGUAUAAACCAAAAUACAAAACAACUAUGAACACUGUAUUUCGACAUUUGGUCUUUCUUUGAGAGCGAAACCCAGGUUGUCGUAGCGUUUUCGAAUUCCUUGUAAAACAAUUUCCAAUUAUUUCCACCAAACUAAAAAAUCCCACAUUCAAUUAUAUCAAUUUCUUUUAUCAAAUUGCUCUAAAAAUGAUCAUUUCAUAGCUAAAGACUGAUAAUUUCACAGAAAAAAGAUAUGGGUUUUGUGAGUACUUUUGUAGGAAUUCUGGGUUUUUGCAUUGGUCUUCCAAUUGGACUUGCUGCUGGGUUUUUCUUCUUUAUAUAUUCCAAGCCUAAAGAUGUUGAGGAGCAAGUUGUUACCCCACUUCAGGAAUUCGAUACAGAUACUCUGUUGAGUGUUUUACCUGAUAUUCCAAAUUGGGUAAAGAGUCCUGAUUAUGAGCGAGUGGAUUGGCUGAACUCGUUUGUGUCGGAUAUGUGGCCUUAUCUCGAUAAGGCAAUCUGCAACACGAUCAGAAGCACGGCAAAGCCUAUGUUUGCUGAUUACAUAGGAAAAUAUCAGAUAAAGGACAUUGAUUUUGAGAAUCUAAGUCUUGGAACCCUUCCACCUACUUUUUAUGGUAUGAAAGUAUAUGAGACUAAUGAAAAGCAACUAGUCUUGGAACCAGCAAUCAGAUGGGCAGGAAAUCCCAAUAUUGUGUUGGCUGUAAAGUUGAUGUCUGCAAAAAUUAGGGUUCAACUUGUGGACGUACAAGUAUUCGCUAAUCCUAGGAUACACCUGAAACCCCUUGUUCCAACAUUCCCAUGUUUCGCUAGCAUAGUGGUCUCAUUAAUGGAACAGCCGCAUGUGGAUUUUGGACUAAAAGUUCUUGGAGGAGAUGUCAUGUCCAUACCUGGUCUUUAUCGCUUAGUUCAGGAAACUAUCAAGAAACAAGUUGCAAGCCUCUAUCACUGGCCCCAAUCACUUGAAAUUCCCAUUCUUGAUACUUCAAUCGUUGCUGUACAGAAGCCUGUUGGCAUAUUACAUGUGAAAGUUAUCCGAGCAAUGAAGCUUUUGAAGAUGGAUCUUUUAGGAACAUCUGAUCCAUAUGUUAAAUUAAGGUUGAGUGGUGUAAAAAGGCCAUCAAAAAAAACAUCUGUCAAGAAAAGGAACUUGAAUCCGGAGUGGAAUGAGGACUUUAAGCUAAUCGUCAAGGAUCCUGAAACCCAAGUUCUCGAGCUACAAGUUUAUGACUGGGACAAGUUUGGAGGAGAUGAUAAACUGGGGAUGCAAGUAGUACCUUUAAAUCAACUAACUCCCCAUGAGGCAAAGGUUUUUACCCUCGAUUUACUCAAGAGUUUUGAUGUGAACGAUUCUCCAGAUAAGAAGCCAAGGGGGCAACUUGUAGUUGAACUCACUUUUGAUCCUUUCAAGUUGGAGAGUGAAAGCUUUGCGGCACCAGGGGAUGAAAUGAUGAGUAAACAGAACAGCUUAAGUAAAUCUUUGUCCAAUGCCUCGAUUACUAGUGAAGGAGGAGCGCUUUUGGUUAGCGUCAUAUCAGCUAAGGAUGUAGAGGGAGAGCAUCACACCAACCCUUAUGCUCAGAUUGUGUUCAGAGGUGAAAAAAAGAAAACAAUGACUAUCAAGAAGAAUCGGAAUCCACGGUGGGAUGAACACUUUAGUUUUAUGAUUGACGAGCCACCUUUGCAUGAAAAGUUGUGCAUUGAAAUUCUUAGCAAACGCAGAACUUUUGGUUUUACAAGAAAAGAGUCACUUGGGUUUGUGGAGAUCACUCUAGCAGAUGUUGUGAACAAUGGACGACUCAAUGAGAAAUACAAUCUGAUCAAUUCAAAGAAUGGAAUUAUACAUGUAGAGUUGGAGUGGCAGACAGUAUGAUUUCAAAAAUUUUACCUGAAGAACAUACUUUAUCGUACAUACAUUUUGCCUUGUGUGGCCAUGGAGUCUUGUUAACCUCAUCUGAAAGAUGGGUGAAGACAGUAAAUCAUCCGUUCUCAAGCCUCUACAUAUGUCAGGAAUAUCCAAAGAUUUCCCGAGGUUGAUUUUUUAUUUUUUCUUUUUGCCCAUUUUACAGGGUGAUACAGACUUUUUAUGUCCAUGGAGUAUAUAGGUUAUUACAUGUGAAAAUAAAGUACUAGGAGUUGUGCAUAUGCCAUUUUAUACAUGUACUGCGCAAUUGAUGCGGCAAUAAUGAAAAGCUUAUAAUUUCAAGAAAUGUGAUUUACAAGUUGGAAUUGAAGGCCAUGGCAAGAGGAUGAGAUUUGUUUGUUCUUCCUUUGCUGAUUAUGUAUACAUGAGUUCAGACUUCAGAGUAUAGUCUUUGAAAAAGGAACAACUUUCUAUGUAUAUAUUCCCUUCGUCCCAUAAUACUUGGGAUGUUGGGAUGAAUACGUAAUUUAAGAAAAUUACAAGUGAAUUCAUUUAAAA